AUGCCUUCUGACAGGUCUCCAGCACUCACGCUCCCUGUUGGUCGACGACGGCCGGCUGGUAUGGACUCUUUGGAGGUGCGGGGCUCGCCUAUGAACUCUCCUCACUUCUCUCCACCCCCAGCUGUCCAGAGUGGAUCUGGGAAGAGUCCUUCCGUUCCCUGCAAAGACAGUG